AAAAAGAAUAAAAAUCGUAGGAUAAUAUCUUUACUCACUUGCUGCUGGGCUCUCACUUUUCCCCGAAAAAAUAUCAUAUCCUCAGUUCACUCUGCUCCCGCCGCCGAGCUCGCUGAUUAUUGGACACGGCGACCGCUGACCUAACAGUCCUCCCUCGCCGUCCAUCUCCUGUGGUCCCCUUCCGACGUCGAUCUCUCGCCGCCCGUUCGUCACCCCUAUUCUGCCAACUCCUCAACCUUCAGCAAACUGAAUGUUUUGGUGAACCCAAAUGGGAUUAAAACUAGACCUAACGCGAGAUUGAAGGUAGUUUGCCAUGGAAUGCUGGCUCCGAGAAAGUUCAUGCAGAGGAGGAGGAAAGUUGAGGUUUUUAAGGACGCAGCCACUGAACUGAGUCUGAUAAGAAGUGAACUGGAGGAGCUGUUGAUGUAAGAGAUUGAACAGAACCAUCAGACGGUUCGGCUGUUGCGGAGGGCAGAGACUACUAUAAAGAGCCAGAGGACUAAAGGGGAGGCACUCCCUAGAGAUCUUGUGCUUGGUACUCUUGUUCGAUUCAAGCAGUUGAAGAAAUGGAAAAUUGUUAGUGAGAUUCUUGAGUGGCUUAGAUGCCAACAUUGGUGGAGUUUCUCGGAGAUGGAUUAUUUAAUGCUAAUCACAGCUUAUGGGAAGAUAGGGGAUUUUAACGGGGCAGAGAGGGUUUUGAAGUAUAUGAACAAGAAAGGUUACCCUCCUAGUGUAAUAUCUCAAACUGCAUUGAUGGAAGCAUAUGGGAGAGCUGGGCAGUAUAAUAAGGCGGAAGCUAUAUUUCGCAGGAUGCAGUCAUCAGGCCCUGAACCAUCUCCAGUAACAUAUCAGAUCAUCCUCAAAAGUUUUGUUGAGGGUGAGAAAUAUCAGGAAGCUGAAAAUAUUUUCCAAAGCCUUCUGAAUGAAGAAAGAUCUUCUUUCAAGCCAGACCAGAAAAUGUUCCAUAUGAUGAUUUACAUGUACAAGAAAUCUGGGAACUAUGAUCAAGCUCGUAGACUAUUUGCUCAAAUGGCUGAGAAGGAAGUACCGCAAUCAACUGUUACUUAUAAUAGUUUAAUGUCUUUUGAGAACGACUAUAAAGAGGUCUCAAAGAUAUAUGAUCAGAUGCAACGAGCUGGACUUAAGCCUGACGUGGUGAGCUAUGCACUUCUCAUCAAUGCUUAUGGAAAGGCCAGGAGGGAAGAUGAAGCAUUGGCAGUUUUUGAAGAGAUGCUGGAUGCUGGUGUCAGGCCAACACACAAAGCAUAUAACAUUUUGCUCGAUGCCUUUGCAAUAUCCGGAAUGGUUGACAAAGCUCGGAUUGUGUUCAAGAGUAUGAGAAGAGACAAGUUUACUCCUGAUCUCUGCUCUUAUGCAACGAUGCUCUCUGCUUAUGUCAAUGCCUCUGACAUGGAGGGAGCAGAGAAAUUCUUCCGCCGUUUGAAAGAAGAUGGCCUACGACCAAAUGUUGUUGUCUAUGGAACUCUAAUGAAAGGUUAUGCCAAGGGAAAUAACCUAGAGAAGGUCAUGAGAGUAUAUGAGAGAAUGAGAUUACAAGGAGUGGAACCCAACCAAACAAUCUUCACAACAAUUAUGGAUGCCCAUGGCAAGAACUCUGAUUUCGGGAGUUCUGUUGUUUGGUAUAAAGAGAUGGCUGCUCGUGGUUUUCCACCCGAUCAGAAAGCGAAAAACAUAUUAUUGUCUCUAGCUAAGACGCCGGAGGAACAAGAGGAAGCAAACAAACUUGUUGGUAAUGUAGUUGAUCUUUCUGAGGAUAAGGUCAGUAAUUUACCUGACUUUGAUGGCAACUCAGAAGUACAAACUAAUGAGGAUCUCACAGGAGAAACUGUGAGCAAGUUUUCUGAUUUAGAUGUUGAUGAUGAUGAUGAUGAUCUAGAUUUUGUUUCCUCGGAAGAAAGCCAAUAGCUAUUGCCUGUAACUCAGUUAUGAAAUUGUAGAUACAGUUUUGACAGUUGAUUUUGAAAUAGAUAUCUAUCUGCAGAGAUUAUUAUUUUAA